AACUUUUAUUCCUAAUCAUGUGGAUGGCUGUCAUUAAUUCAAAAUAUUUUCAGUGCUUGGUCCCACACAGCUUGUCAAAAAUUAAGUUACUAGACCAGUGGUUCCUCGUGUUGUGCUGUGUAAGCAUGGCAAGAUUGAGUUAAUGACUGUCUAACAUAAGGAUGUAAAGUAUCCUAGUAACUAAAGCUUAAUUCACACAAAACAAUUGUAAAGUGCCUUUCCGUUGUAAUUUUGUCGUAAUUUGACAGUGAAUCUUUGAAUACUAUUGGCUGUUAAGCAAAUAAAUAAAAACUGCAUGAGAGAAUUUUUAUAUGGUGGGAUGUCAUACUUCAAUGAUUCGUAUGUGUUGUUGGCUGAGUAUGUGUGUUUCAUACUUACUUCUGUAUUGUCUUAUAUAAUGCCAUUGCACUGCAUGUGAUAUAAUGUUGGAUGGCUUGAAGUUAUUUUCCUGUAAGUUGUUAGACUAAUUUAAAGGGUAGCUAUUGCAAAUAUGUUUUUCGCUUGAUAUACAGUUUUUCACAUAAUAUUUGCUGCUUAUGCUUAUAACAAGUUUAAUUUAAUUAUGUUUGUACUCUGUACUUCUAAAGUGUACAGCUUAACUAGAGAUAUAAUGCCAGUGCAGCAUUUUUAUUGACAAAGUUUUUUCUUUGAUCGGUAUUGAUAGUAACAUGUACAAUAUGUUUAACUUGUUAUUUUGAGCAAGUACAGCUUUUAUUGGGUAUUGCUCAUGGUUCAGAUGUUAAAAAAUCUGAGAGUUGUUCCAACAGUUUACAAGUCUCCAGUGAUGGAGUGAUUUGUAUUAUUAUAUUAUUGAUGCAUUGGAUAUUCUGAGCUAUAUAUAAAUUUUACAUACCGAAUUCUGUUUUUCAGUUUCUGAUCCUGUAGGUUUGUAGGGUGAAGUAGAAUGUCAUUUAUGUAUGCUGUACAUAGAUACUGUAAUUUAAAAACAUCUUGUCUGUAUCCAUAAUGAAUUUUCACUCUGCAGGUGUGUGUGUGUGUGUGUGUGUGUGUGUGUGUGUGUGUGUGUGUGUGUGUGUGUGUGUGUGUGUGUGUGUGUGUGUGUGUUGAUUUGAAACUUGCUAGAAUAUUAAAUCUGUGUGCCGGACCAGGAAUUGCACCUAGGAACUUUGCCUUUGGUAGGCAGGCAUUCGAACAACUGAGCUGUCCAAGAAGUCCUGCAGGGUAUGCAGGAUGAUUUUUUGAGGUUUGUAGGGUAGGAGGUAAUGCACUGGAGGAAGUAAAGCUGUGCAGACAGAAUGUGAGCUGUGCUCAGGUAGCUCAUUUGAUAAGAGCACUUGCCUUUGACAGGCAAAGGUCCUUGGCUCAAGUCUCAGUCUGUAACACAGUUUUAAUUUAGCAGGAAGUUUGAAAUCAACACAGACGCUGUUGUAGAGUGAAAAUUCAAUCUGAAUACAAUUAUCAAGGCUGUGUCUAACAUCCUUCCUUCCAGGCCUGCUAGUCCUGCAAUUUAUGCAGGAGAACUUUUGUGAAGUUUGGAAGGUAGGAGAUGAGGUACUGGCAGAAGGAAAGCUGUGAGGGCAGAUCAUGAAUCGUGCUUGGGUAGCUCAGUUGGUAGAGUCCCGGUCCAGCACACAGUUUUAAUCUGCCAGGAUGUUUCUUCUGUCAUGUGAUAUUUUUUCUGAAGAUGGUACUCUGAUGCUUCUCUCUGACCAAGAAGAUAAUGAUGUGUCCAGAAAACUAUCAGUGACAUCAGUGUGGGAUGUUCGCUUGCUUGCUCUGAGAUGUCUCCAGUCUGUUACGCACAUUGCAGAUACUACAGUAAAUGAUCAAAAUUCUAUCUUGGAAUUAGCACAACUUGAAAAAUGUGCUUGUGUUUUCUUUAGCUACCUCCACGCCGAUAGAAAACAGGAUCAAAAUGAACUAAAUUAUGUGAAGAUAAUAAUCACAUGCUUGCUGGGACUGCAAAAUAUAUUUUGUCAGUCAAAAGAAAUGUUGGACAAAUAUGUUGGUGAUGCCCUUGGUAUUGUCAAAGCUUAUAUGUUGUUUGGUUUACCAGGCCACACAGAGCUCAAACCUCAGAAAGUCUUUCCAAGUAUAUUCGCUCAAGCUGAUUUAAGACCACCCUCAAGCAAUUCAGUAAAGGUGAAUAAGAACUCAAAAGUCAAACUAAGGAACCCAAGACAGGCCAAAAAGACAGAGUCCAGGCCAGCUGACAUUGAACACUGUGCAUGGAAGACCUACUCAGCAAUGGAAGGUUCAUUAAAAUCAAGUGCACAAGAUUACAAUACUGUAGCGACUUUUUUAAAAACAAGUGAGUCUGAUUAUUCAGAUUCAGAAACAGGACAGACUGCAAAGACAAGGAGCUUUCAGGGCAGAGUGAGGCAGAGUUCUCAGUGCUUACUGCAAACAAUAAUCAAGGUUAUGGACAAAAAAGUAUUGUUUGGGUAUUUGUCCAACUUUUUACCUGAUGGUACAACACCAACUAGGACUCUCAUGACUUGCCUUCUGAGAGAUCCUUCUUCACAAUGUAGACUGGAGAUUAUUAAUUCUUUGUCAGCCAUAUUUAUAGCUUCAAAAAUAUAUUUUCUACAAGCUGAACGCAGUGGAAAACGCUGUGCAGCAUUCACACCAUACUCAGAAACUGUUGGAAAUAUUAUUGAAGAAAUUCAUCGCUCCCUGUGUUUAGCUCUUUCUGCAGAAAAUUUUGUUCCUGUAAUAAUCCAGCUUCUGAAGUGCGUAGCAAGAUUGGUGCAAAAUACUCCGUACCAUAGAUUGAGCCAUGGGCUCAUUAUGAAAGUUGUUAGGAACACAAGAGCUUUUCUAAGGCACAAAGAUUGGAAUAUACAAGUCGCAAGUCUUAAUGUCCUCCGCUCAAUUAUAUGUGUUGAACCUUCGGUACCAGAAAUUAUGGAGAUCCUGAAAAGACCUUUAAAGAUAAAAUGGCAUAAAAACUUUUCUGUACCUGUUUAUGCAAGUUCAGGAGUUGAUAAUGCUGAAGACAGAAAAGAAGACAUUUCUGGAAGUGAAACCGACAAUUUCUGUGAUGGGGAUAGUGAGCUGGAUGAGGAAACUGAACAAGUGACUACAGAGGCGAAAACUAAGAAUGAAAUGUCAUGGCUGCUUGAAAUUAGUUUAGAAAAUUUAGGCAUUGAGUUGAGGAAAUACUUGUCAUUGGAUCAAAACAAAAAAAUGGAGCAGCAGUCUGUUACGUGCCUCUGUCCAGUACCAGUCCGAGUAGAAUCAUAUCAGGUUGUCUCGGCACUCUGUAGAUCACAUUUUCCAUCACUUGUGUCUCCUUAUUUGCAGUUUGUAGUUGACGCAAUUGAGAUUGGUUUUACUGAUAGUGAUACUACAAUAUUGUUACAUGCUGGAAGAUUAAUAGAAGCUGUUGCAAGUAUGCUGCUGCAGGAUAUUAAGCAAGGAGAUGAAUCUGCAAUUUCUACUGCUUCAGCUAUGUUGUUCUGGAAGACAAUGCUGUGUGGACCAAUUACCUGUCUCGUUCAAAAUAUGAAUGAACCAGCUUUGCGUACUGCAGGUUGUGAUUGCUUAGCCAACAUGACAUCAGACGUAUUUGAUGAGUUGCCGAGGGAAAAGCAAAUUCUCAUCAUUACACUGUUGUUCGGCUGCAGUUCUGAUGAUGAUACCAAUGUAAGAGCAGCUGCGGUUAGGGCACUUGCUGUUUACAUUUUGUUUACAGGACUAAGACAGGAUAUUCAGUUUGUGAUAGAUACUGCAGAGGCUGUAAUUAAAGCAUUAAGUGACAGCCAUGUUGGAACAAGAAUGAAAGCAUCGUGGUCAUUAAGCAACGUCAGUGAUGCACUGAUUGUUAAUGUAGAUGAUGGUGAAGCUGAAGAAAUACCCAAGUCUUUGUUUACAAAAAUUUUGGAAUCUGCUAUUAAGGCAUCGAGGGACAAUGAAAAGGUUCGCUCAAGUGCUGUGAGAGCAGUUGGAAAUCUUUUGCGAAUUUUAAACAAUGAACUGCUGUUCGACCAAGCUGUGAAGGAAAAUGUUCAAGCUGCUGUCAAAGUCUUAAUUCACAAUGCUUCUACAGGAAACAAUAUGAAGGUACGGUGGAACGCUUGCUAUGCAAUUGGAAAUGUGCUGCGAAACAGAUUUCUUUAUGCAGAAAAUGCAGAAUGGCUGGCAUCUGCUUUCCAAACAUUGUUGGAAUUAGUUCAGAAUUUUCGUAACUUCAAAGUAAGAAUUAGUGCAGCAGCUGCUUUAGCAGCCCCUUCCACAAGAGAACAGUAUGGAAGUCACUACAUAAAUGUUUGGAUAGCAUUGAUCCAUGCGCUGGAGAAUUCUCACAAUAUGGAAGACUUCAAUGAAUACCAGCAUCAAGAUAAUCUUGUACAACAGAUAUGCCACACACUGAUCCAUCUGGCAAAUCUGGUUUCCGAGGCUGAUCUGACUCCUCUUGAAGAUAUUGUUGUGUUCAAUAUUGAUGUACUUCAGCAGAGUAUUACCAGAUUCCAACGAAAUGUGAUUCCAGAGAAAACUGCUAACCUGAUGAAGACUGCUGAUUACAUCUCUUCUUUUUUGCGCAAUCAGAAUCUCAGUGCUGACCAGAAAAGAUCAGCUUCUCUUUUGCUGAGAGUGUUUUCUGUGGAAAGUGACACAUUUUUAUAAUUUUUUAAACUUUUCUUGCAGUGAAUUUUUAUAUUGUACGUAUUCACACAGAAUAAAAUAUGUUUAUAUAUUGUUUA